AAAUUUUCCGCAGGUAUUUCAACACGCUCAUGUCGGCUUUAUAUAAUACGCAAAUGAAAAUAUAAACAUGGAUUAUAUCACACAAAACAAAAUAAGAACAUUGAUAAGUUUGUAUCGUACGGGUUCAGUCACAUGAACUGUGUAACGAUUAAUAUACAAAGAUUAAAACGUUAUCAGAUUGAACGUAUUUCUUACAGCAAGUGUACACUGGAAAGAUGAGGACGGUUGUACUGGUGUUGCUCGCGGUACAAUUGUUUAUAUCCCGGGGGUCGGGCACGCCCCUAGAUGACUACGUUAACAAGCCGGAUCCUACAUAUAACUAUGAGAUUAUAGACACUUUUCAAGGACCAGGGUAUACAUUAUACACCAUCAACAUGACAUCUCAAACAUGGAAACCAGAUUUACAAAGCCAACCGAUUUGGUGGCACUAUCUGUCUGUUACUGUCCCAGACAAAUUGGAUUUACAGAACGCUGGGUUUCUCUUCAUUGAUGGAGGCUCCAAUACGAACAGUCCACCGAAGCCGACGGACACAUUUGUGGAACUAACAACAAUUGUUGCUGUGACAACCAACUCUGUUGGUGCGAAUCUCAAAAUGGUGCCGAAUCAACCAAUUGUUUUCAAGGCUGACCCAACUCAGAAGAGGAGAACAGAGGACGCCAUAAUUGCCUGGACAUGGAAAACGUUCGUAGAUCAGAAAGGGGCAGAUCCGGAAAUACUCCUCCGAAUGCCGAUGACUAAGGCUGGUGUACGUGCAUUAGACACAAUGAAUGAUUUAACACAAAAGAAAAAGGGAACAACUGUAGACAGGUUCCUUGUUGCAGGGGCAUCUAAGCGAGGUUGGACGACUUGGACUGUCGGUGCUGUGGACAAGAGAGUGGUCGCUAUAGCACCCAUCGUCAUGGACCUGUUGAACAUGCAGACCAAUCUCCACCAUUAUUACCGAGCUCUUGGUGGCUGGACUUUUGCCUUCGAUGACUACUACAAUCUGAAUUUUACACAAGACCUUGACAGCCCUUACAUCAAACAGAUGGCAUCCAUCAUUGACCCUCUGUCUUACAAUGACCGGUACGCGAACAAGCCUAAGUUGAUAACAAGUACCGGAGGGGACGAGUUUUUCAUGAUAGACGACGCGAAAUAUUAUUUCAAUGAUCUGAAAGGACCAAAGUACCUCAGGAUGGUACCAAACGCCGAACAUAGUCUUGCCGGCCAUGAGAUCGGUCUGUUAUUUGGCAUCCGUGCGUUUUACCUGUCUGUCAUGAGGAACAAACCUCUACCGGAAAUCAGCUGGAAUUUAAAUACUACGUCAACGGGCGGGAAGAUAACAUUAAUGUCUGCGACCACUCCGCUGACUGUCCACUGCUACCAUGCCACUACGCUCGAUGGAAAAAGAAAAGAUUUUCGUCUGCUUAGAGGAACGCCAGGCGAUCCCGGUAAACCCCAAAUACAUCCGGUUCUAUGGGGUCAGCAGUACGUUCCCCAAACGAGUUCCACGACAUGGGAAGUUGAGUUCAAAAAUCCGGAGGUGGGAUGGACAGCGUUCUUUAUCCAAGUAACAUUCCAAGGUUUAGAAGAUUCUGUACUAGAGUUUACAACCCAGACACUGAUCAUCCCGAAUACAGACCCGUUCCCAGACUGCCACGGUGAACAAUGCAGGGGAACUCUCGUGUAGAUAAUUUCCAUGACCCAUCGGUCGUUUGAUAAAAAUAAAAUUGUCACCUGACGCAUGGACACAUUGCUCAGGAAAAAUUCUGUGUGCUAUACUAUGUGUGCAAUAAUUUUGUAUGAUAUUUUGCUAAUGAUUUACUAUUUUGAUCAUUUUGUUUUAAAAUAGAAUUGCAAAAUAAAGACGCGAGUUAUUGUU